AAUAAUGUUUUACUGAAUGUAUACUACCCUUCUGUGUAGUGUCAUCCGGUGAUAUGGUUAAAAAGUGCCUCAAACUAUAGAAGAUGGCUUUGAAUUGAAGAAUGUGUGAGUAGUAAAAAACAACAGUAGGUCAUUAAAGCAUACUAUAAGUGUUGGGUUGUGACCCUCUUUCCAUUUAGUGUUCUGCUAAGAGCCUCAUGGAUUGGACUGGGUUGUUUAUUAUGUAACCUCUGUGGAGGCAGUGUUCCUGUCGGGCCGGUGGGGGGAGCUGCAGAGCCUUACGAUGUAUCAUCCCCGCUCCAGCUGACCCGCAUUCACCAGCACUAUACAUGUACGGGACAGGACCGACCGUAGCGAACUUGUCAACACCGUGGAGUGUCCUCCUUCCACGCAUACCUUGACCGUGAGAUUUUUACAGUCCCGGGAGGGCCGAACGCUGCCGUCAUCCUGUUUUCGCUCUUGACUUCGUGUUGAAAGAGGAAACAGUCUCCCCCAGUCAGGGGAACCGGCUGACACAUGUACUUGUGUCCCGGUUCUUUCAUUUGCCGCUCAUUGUGACGUGUUACACGCUGACCUUGUUGGAGGUGUUUUUCUAUCCGGAGUGGAUUACAGCACUACAAACUGACACGGAGAGGGCUGCCCCACUGUCGCGGCGGUGCAAGUUCCUGUACACCCAUUCCUCUGGCUAGCUUUUGAAAAGGCUGUCGGCGAAUGCUGAGCCGGUCGACCUGUUUGAGGUACGCCUCUUGGUCCUGUGAUUGGUCGCUGGAUGAACAGCAGCAAUGUUCGACAAGCACGAGAGCAACUCAUCAGAGAGCGAUGAGAAAGGGUGGCCAGAUGUGCCAAAGAGAAAGAGGAAAAACAGCCAGUGCUCUGUGAAGAGCAUGUCUGCUCUUAGUGUCUCUGUUCCAGGGUAUAUCCCCAGCUACCUGGAGAAAGACGAGCCGUGCGUGGUGUGUGGGGACAAGGCCACUGGCUACCACUACCGCUGUAUAACUUGUGAAGGCUGCAAGGGUUUCUUUCGCAGGACAAUCCAGAAAAAUCUUCAUCCUUCUUACACCUGUAAAUAUGAUGGCUGCUGCAUCAUUGACAAGAUCACACGCAACCAGUGCCAGCUAUGCAGAUUCAAGAAGUGCAUCUCUGUGGGCAUGGCCAUGGACUUGGUGCUCGAUGACAGCAAGCGCGUGGCUAAGCGACGCCUCAUCGAAGAGAACCGAGAGCGGAGGAAGAAAGAAGAGAUGGUACGGACGCUGCAGAUGAGGCCGGAGCCAGAUAGCGCAGAAUGGGAGCUGAUUAGGAUAGCGACAGAGGCCCACCGCCAAACCAACGCCCAGGGUUCCAGCUGGAAACGGAAGCGCAAGUUUCUGUCAGACGACAUCGGCCAUGGUCCAAUGGUGCCCACUUCAGAUGGAGAUAAAGUCAAUCUUGAGGUCUUCAGCGAGUUCACCAAGAUCAUGACCCCUGCUAUCACCCGUGUUGUUGACUUUGCCAAGAAAUUACCCAUGUUUUCAGAGCUGCCUUGUGAAGACCAGAUUAUCUUGCUGAAGGGGUGCUGCAUGGAGAUUAUGUCCCUGCGCGCUGCUGUGCGCUACGACCCCGAAAGCGAAACGCUGACGCUCAGUGGUGAGAUGGCUGUGAAACGUGAACACCUGAAGAAUGGUGGUCUGGGGGUUAUUUCAGAUGCUAUAUUUGAUUUGGGCAAAAGCCUGGCACAGUUCAACUUGGAUGAUUCCGAAGUGGCACUGAUGCAAGUUGUGCUACUCAUGAGUUCAGAUCGGUCAGGGCUAACAAGCUUGGAGAAGAUCGAGCGGUCCCAGGAGGCCUACCUGCUGGCGUUUGAGCACUACAUAAACUACCGUAAGCACAACAUUCCCCAUUUUUGGCCAAAGCUCUUGAUGAAGGUGACGGACCUGCGUAUGAUUGCUGCCUGCCACGCCAGUCGAUUCCUCCACAUGAAGGUCGAGUGUCCAAACGAACUCUUCCCACCGCUUUUCCUGGAAGUCUUUGAGGACCAGGCAGUGUGACUUUGCACCCUGCACUAAACAUACGCAUUUUGGCAGUAAAGGAAGCAUUGGCGACGGAUGAACGUAUUAGGAAAAACUGGAUUUUGUUUUCAUUUGUGAGAACGUGCCCUGUACAUUUUUUGUUUGCCCAUUUGUUGUCAAACACGAGACUUACCUUCUGCCACCAGCAAGUUCUCAUCAGCAUCAUGAAACAGAAACACAGGCAUUUUAAACUCUGCUUUCUGCUUUUGACAGGUGUGCACAUACACAUCUACAGGUGACAGUUUUAAAACACUUUGCCAUAAAGGUACAUCUAUAUGCAAAUCCAAUUGCAUCUGUAAGGAGGGCUGGACUGUUCCCAAACCAAAUGCAAACUGAGGGGCUUUGCUAGCUGCACACCUGCCUGUAACACACAGGUGUCUUUGAGUUUUUUGGGGGUUUUUUUCGUGUGUGUCCGGGACCUGACAGCUGACACCUCUGACAAUCCCUAUCCCCAUCCUGCUUUACCCCCAUCUCCCUAGCAUCUCCAACAACAAAAGCUUCCACUUUCUGCGCUCUUUUCAAUCCACUGUGGCCCUGAGAGUGUUCGUCGACCUACCUCCGUCACACAAACCUUCACGCAGAGAAACACACUCACAGAAUGUACGUGCACUAAACACACCCCAACACUGUUACCUCAUUUCUUGUCAAAUGUUUUUCUUUAUUUAUAUUUGGGGGCAGAUUUAGUUCAAUUAGAGAAUAUAUUGCCAUGCACCCCUCUGUUACCCAUAUAUGUUAUGCAGCUGCUGGGAGAAAAUUCAGUGGAACAACUGUGUAUAAAACACUAAUGUACAAAGCAUGAUUUAAACUGCAAGUCUUAUAGCUGAGGACUCUAUACCAUUCAUCAUGCAAUGCAAGAUGUCAUGAACAUCAAACUGCAUUCUGUAAGCACUAAACAGUGAUCAUUUUUGGAAUCAAGAUUUGUGUCAAUCUAGUCAAAUCAAGCUAAUUAAAUAUCAAACAAAACACCUUCAGGAGCCUCAGUGAAGCAAAAAGGAAAUACAUAUGCAGAGAAAUCGCUUGUCUACCCUGAUGAAGAUGUGUGAAAAGCUUUAAAACAAAUUAAAAUAAAUUUGUAUUGCAUUGUGCUGAUGAAUAUUGAUUAUACAUCAGCAUAAUAGCACACUAAACAAAUGCUACUUCUUAAUUUGAGUACAUUAUUUCAAUGGGAAAGCAAUCCCUUUGAAACUAAUGUAACUGUUUUUUUAUCAUACACUUUAUAGCUUUAUACGAACUGUUGGGGACUAUCCAGAUGCCAGCUGGAUGGUGUUUUGGUAUGAUGCAAACAUGUGGAGUUUGCUGAGCUGCAUUGUGACUGUACUUGAACCAUUAAGUUUAGUCUGAUGAAGAUAAGCUUGAACUUUUCAGCUCCAAUUCUUCCAGUGGGUUUGGCAUUUAACAAAAAGGUGACUGUGCUUCAUGUCACCUGUAAAGUACGGCUGAAGAUCUCCGAUGCUUUGGGACCCUUUCUACACAUCUUUAGCAGGGUUGCCAAAAAGAUUUGUUUACAUCAACAUAUUUCCAAAGGUAAAAUUUAGGAUUCCCAAGCAAAUUAUCAGAAUCAAUGUGCAGACUAUUAGUGUUAAAAAUUAAUGAUCUAUCUUUUUUUUUUUUUUUUUACCUUUUUUUCCUGUCCUUUUGUCUGUAAGUUUCAUUGUGACAUUUACAUCUUGCGUGGAACUUUUGUAGGUAUCUUUUUUUAAAUUUCUCUCCCAUUCAUGUUUUUAUUUGAUAUUUAAGAGGCUUUGCUAGAUUUUAUAGGCACAAAUCUCAUUCCAUUAUGUAUGGCUACCGACAGCAACGUAUACAUUUAUUUUAACAAUAUGUGUUAUUUGCCUUACUUUAAAACAUAGCACAGUACACAGAAAAUGUUUUUAAAUUAUUAAAAUACUAUAAGGUAGUUGAAAAAAGUGUACACCUAUACCUGUGCAGGCCAUAGCCAACAGCUGGUUAGAGUGUAGUGAAUUUUUUAACCAGAUUAGUAUACUGUUCCAAGCCCCUCUGGGAAGUUUUGUUGUUUUUUUUACAAGAAGCAGAUAGUCGAGAAUUUAUCCAGUUUUAGGACCAACCUUUGGCAUCUAAAUAAGUAUUUAAGCUUCACUAAUUUGCUAUCUGGUAGCUAAGGUUAGUUGUAAAAGUUAAUAUCUAGCUUUAAAGAGAUGAAAGGUCACCCACUUUUAUAUGAAGAAGCAUGAAUUAGUUGUAGAAGUUGAUCAAACACUUUUUUUUCUUUGGCAGACAAGAAUAAGCUACUAGAUCAAGAAUUACUAGAUCAAAUCAUAGAUGGAUGGGUCGCUGUUUGCUAUCAAGUCAUUUUCCUUCUGAAAGCCCAGUUCACCCAUUACAUUUUUGUUGGCAUUGUGGUCUAUUCAUUUAUAAGUCAAUAUGUUUACAGAAAGCACUUUUGUAUUCAUAACAUCUAACAAAUCUUAUACUAUUUACAGCCUAGGCAGUGUCUUCAUAUAUAGGUGCAUCUCAGAAAUGCAACAUUUCGUGAAAAGGUUACAUAUGUUUCAU